AUGGAGCCCCCGACCUCCCACGACAUCCUCCCUCGCGUCCUCGCCUUCUACCACCAUUGGAGGAAGCUCUACGGUCCGAUGCAUUUGAUUUGGUUCGGGCGCACGCCGAGGCUGGUCGUCAGCGAGCCGGAGCUGAUCAGGGAGGUGCUCCUGUCGCGGGCGGAUCGCUUCGACCGGUACGAGGCGCACCCGCUAAUCUGCCAGUUCGAGGGCUACGGCCUCAGCAACCUCCACGGCGAGCGGUGGGCGCGCCGCCGCAGGGUGCUCACGCCGGCGUUCCACACCGAGAACCUCAGGAUGGUCGCGCCGUUCGUCGCCGGCACCGUCGGCCGCAUGCUGGACGGCCUGGCGGAGCGCGCGCGCGAGGCCGAGGCCGCCGGCGAGGCCGAGGUCGACGUCGCCGCGUGGUUCCAGCGCGUGCCGCAGGAGGCCAUCACGUUCGCCACGUUCGGCCGCCGGGACUACCACGACGGCAGCGUCGUGUUCCGGCUCCAGGACGAGCUCGCCGGCUACGCCGCCGAGGCGCACAGCAAGGUGUACAUCCCCGGGUACAGGUUCUUGCCGACGAGGAGGAACCGGCGCGUGUGGCAGCUCGACAGGGAGAUCAGGAAGCACCUCGCCAAGUUCGUCACCGACCUGCAAAGCAGGAAGGAUGAUGACGACCACGUCGACGAUGGCGGCGGCGGCGGCAUGAGGGAGUUCAUGAGCUUCAUGGCACCGGCCAUGACGGCGCCAGAGAUCAUCGAGGAGAGCAAGAACUUCUUCUUCGCCGGGAAGGAGACGCUGAUCGCGAUGAUCGUGAACGAGACGUUGAGGCUGUACCCGCCGGCGGUGGCGAUGAUACGGAAGGCGAAGAAGGACGUGGAGCUCGGCGGGUGCGUGGUGCCGGCGGGGACGGAGGUCAUGAUCCCGAUCCUGGCUGUGCACCACGACGCGGCGGUGUGGGGCGCCGACGCCGCCGAGUUCAACCCGGCGCGGUUCGCCGCGGACGACGCCGCCGACGGCCACCACCGGCGCCGGCACCCGAUGGCGUUCAUACCGUUCGGCGGCGGCGCGCGGGUGUGCAUCGGGCAGAACAUGGCGCUCAUGGAGGCCAAGGUCGUGCUCGCCCUCGUGCUGCAGCGGUUCGAGUUCCGGCUAUCGCCGGCGUACGUGCACGCGCCCCGGGUGCCCAUGAUACUCAGCCCGCAGUACGGCGCGCCGGUGAUCUUCCGGCCGCUGACGUCAGCUGCAUCUUAGCAAUACAAGAAACCAACCCUCCAUGUUAAUCGG